CGAAUUUGCCGGAUGCGUGCCACGUAGGCAACUAACCCUGUCGUUCGUUCGUUCGUUCGUUCGUUCGUCGCGUUCUCUCUUUCGUUUCGUCGCGCGAUUCUUCGUCGGCCCAAUAUUUUUCUCGGCCAUAGAACACGGCUCUUCCACGGUUCGUUGAUGCCCCAUCCUGCAUAAUCCGAACGUUCCUUCCGUUAAUGAUUUUACAACCGGCAAUUUACGACCCGGGCUGCCAGCUAAUUGAAAUAUGUACAUUCCCUCUGACCGUUCCGCGGCAAACGUUUUCGCUGUUUAUGCUCGGUUAAAGUCGGUAACAUCGCGCCACGAUACGCCACGAUAGAUCGCCGACAGUACGCUCGAACGCGGCGUCUGAAAACGCGUAGCCUACUCACCGCCCCGAUCUCGCAUAAUUGAACGAUCAUUACCAGUGUCAUUCACUGUAAAAUACGUUUUCGUGUAAUAUAGCGAAACGGUUCGCCACGCGCAACGGCUUCUUAAACAUUCUCUAUCCUGUGCUACGAUUCAUCGUAAUAUUAUGUGUGCGUGAAAGGGAAAUAGAGAUAGAGUGAUAGAGAGAGAGAGAGAGAGAGAGACAGAGAAUAGCGUGCCGGAUAGAUCAAAUUUCCUGAUCAAGCGGAUCGUUUCGAAAAUCUUGGGCCCACGGAUCGACUCGCACGGAAGAGAGGACCGUCCUAUCGCGAAACGGCGGAAACAGCACUGUGUACCAAAAAAUAGAUUGCCGGAAAAAUAAUACCUUCUUUCGGAAAACGUAACGCUUAUUUAUCGGGCGCGGGCGGAUUUCGUCGUGGAAUCGUCUCGCGUGUACCGUUUUCUUUCGCACGAGCAUCGGCGAUCGAACCACAAAAUGUUGUUAUACAACGGUAUACAGCGUCGUCGCACGUCACACCUGUUUCCUCGGCCGCGUUACCGGGAGAUACACAAUAUUCGGAAAGAAAAAAUCUUUCCUAUACGAAAUUUAGCAGUUUCCCAUCCUGUUAAUCCAUUGUUUUAUUUUUCUCUUCCUCCGCCUCCGCUUCCUCCCCCGCCCCCCCUCCUCGGCCUCCGCCCGCUCCACCUCCACCUCCUCCAUCUGCUCCGGUUCUCGUGCACUUCUCUUCGCCUUCUUCCUCGCCCAGCUCCUCGUCCACGUCCGCGCGUUGUUUUCUACCUCACGGCCUCCUCCCGUGUCGAGAACACAGGCAUUUCUCGAACUUCUGGGUUCUUCGACACUUUCCACCGAUGCCGUGGAUGCCGAUGAUUAUAGCGCAGAAGACUAGUCCUGCACAGUUCUUUCUCCUUCUCCUUCUCUUUCUCCGCCACCACCUCUGUCCUCCUCCACCUCCGCGUUUCGGCCGCCCUCGUUUCCUCUCCGUCACGGUUCGUCGAAACUCGAAUUUUUUCACCGGGCCCGUGGAUCGACGGAAACCGAUCGGGGCCCUCCCGAUCCGUCGUCCCGAACGGCCCCCGAAACCGUAAUCCCGCGACCUUUGUCUCCCCCCCGGAAAUCACAGGCCCCGCGCGCGUCCCGUUUCGCUGGUGGACGGUUAGGCGACACACGAGAACACGGAAUCUCACCCCGGUGCGAUAUCUGAGAAUCUAUUCAAACGAACCUCCUCCUAAGUCAGACGUAUCCAUGUUGACAAUCCCGUUGUCACACAUAUACUACAUUAACAACUACUCCGAAGUCCGGCGGCGUUUGUUGGAAUCGCCCCUCCCUCUGACUCUUCUCUUCUCUUCUCUCAUCUCUCGCGCAUCGCGCCUGCUGAAUCGUGCCGCGGUCAAAAUGCGAAAUCGUCAUUGCGCUAAUCGUCAUUAUGCCUUCCUUGAAAAUUGACCGUCGCAUCGUCUCCGUUUCGUCGCGAUUUCGCAAGAAACAAAACAUCUCGCUUCGUUCGUCGCGCCACGCCCGCGCACAAAAUAUCCGAACCGGUAUUUCGAAAUCGGGCCCAAAAAAUCGGGUCCACGGCCACGCGAAUCGCAUUCGUUGCCCUUCGAAUCGUUUCGAGCUGUGUGCUUCGUAGCGAAGCUCCGUUCGCGAUCCCUUUUUUGCUGCAGAUCGCGAUCGGCACGCGUCGCAUUUUUUAGCCGUUUUCGCGAGAUAAAUCGGUCGGGCAUCUAUUUGGAAUAGUCUAAAAUACAAUUUGGAAUUCUCCGUUCCCGCCGUCUGCGAACUGUUCGACGAACUUGUUUCGAUCGAUUUUGAGAACUGUCCAGAGCAGAGGAACGUUGCUACGCACGCAGCUUCGGAAAUUCUUCUCGGACGAGCGUACCGAUUCGUUGUUUGUUAUAUAGUUGACGCACGUUUAUCGUGGAACGCCGGCAAAAAUUUUCAGCAUAAUUCAAUCGUCCAUUUCCUGUACAGCUCUUGCCAAAACGUACGCUCGGUCGCUCUCUGUCCGCAGCAGCGUCCGCGCUGUAGAAGCUUUAAAAUUAGGCACUUUCGAGAGCGUUUACGAAUCGACGAAGAUUUCUGAGCCACGAAUCCUGUUCCACGUUUAUUCAUCGACAAAAUAAAUCUAGAGAUUUCCGUGUAAAGUCACGCGAAUUUUCUUCGAUGUUUCAUCGUUUCGUUGUCUCUCGAUAACUUUUUUAUCCGAUCUUUGAAUACGUUUUUCAUUUUCACGGAUUGCCGAUUCUUCGAUGUUUCAUCUUCUCGUGUUAUCUCUCGAUAACUCUUUUAUCCGAUCUUUGGGUGCGUUUCUCAUUUUCACGGAUUGCCGAUUCUUCGAUGUUUCAUCUUCUCGUGUUAUCUCUCGAUAACUCUUUUAUCCGAUCUUUGGGUGCGUUUCUCAUUUUCACGGAUUGCCGAUUCUUCGAUGUUUCAUCUUCUCGUGUUAUCUCUCGAUAACUCUUUUAUCCGAUCUUUGGGUGCGUUUCUCAUUUUCACGGAUUGCCGAUUCUUCGAUGUUUCAUCUUCUCGUGUUAUCUCUCGAUAACUCUUUUAUCCGAUCUUUGGGCGCGUUUUUCAUUUUCACGGAUUGCCGAUUCUUCGAUGCGAGUUUCUCUGUUUCGAAACAAAUCUCAGAAACCGAAAUAACGUGAAUUAUUCGUGUUUGCGAGAAGCUGCCGUGCUCGCCAAAAAAGCGUGCUCACGAUAAAAUACGCGUCGAAAUUGCACAAUUCAGCCAUCGAGAUAGUAAUAUCAAUAAUCGAACGACAUCCUCGCAAUACUUUGGAAGACUUCGUAAUAAACAAUAACGUGAAAACAGUUACAUCCGUGUAGAAAGAAGUCGAGGCCGGCUCUGUGUCGACGAACGCGCGUAGACGGAUUCCUUCGUUCGAACAACAACGGUUAAAUUAAUUGCGAGCCGAAAGACGACACCGGGAAAAUUAGAACGGCAUAAUUGCGCGUGAGGAACGAUCGUGCGCAAUUUACGAAUGGUCUAAAUUCCCGUGGAAAUCUACCUAGAACGUGGUGCCACUCGAACACGUCCAGCAGCGGCCGAGGGACAUUUAAUUAGUAGGUUUUCAGCGGUAGGUGUGUUUUCCUUUUGUUGAAUUAUCAACGAAGGGACGUCUUGUCUCACUUCACGUUAGUAUCUUAUCUGUGUAAAGUUGAGGCCGAUAAUGCCCGUAAACGAAAAAUGUCGAUGCGGUCUAUCGGCGGACUGCGAAUCAAAAUCAGUAUCAAACCGAACGGCGCACAGUCGCACGUUGUUCCCCAAAAAACCUCUCUUUCCAUUUUUUCAUUUCUUCACUGCCGACCGAAAUUCGUGCAACCAAACGAAAUGGUACGAAAAUACACGCGAGCGAUGGGCUACAGAGUGCUGUGCACCGUGGCCGUGCCGACGUUGUACCUAAUUUUUGUAAACGCCAUGGCCGCGAUACUGUCAAACAGCGUGGAGACGACGAAUCAUCGGACAGAUAUACGUUUUCGGAAGCUCUUGCAAUUCGAAACGACCACCGCGGAGCCAGGAGGACCGACGGAGGAGCCUUUCAAUUGCACCCCUCCGGCGAUCAAGGAGUUCCCAUCGGACGGUCUCACGCGGGACCAAAGGCAGUCGGGAUUCAUAGUCAUACAUUUUAUAAUAGCCGUCUACAUGUUCCUGCUGCUCGCGGUCGUUUGCGACGACUUCUUCGUUCCGUCCAUGAAGAAGAUUUGCGAGAAGCUGAGCCUGACCGAGGACGUCGCAGGAGCGACGAUCAUGGCCGCGGCCAGCUCCAGUCCGGAAUUAUUCAUCAACAUCAUCGGCACCUUCGUCACCGAGGGAGAUUUGGGCGUUGGCACGAUCGUCGGCUCCGCCGUUUUCAAUAUACUAGCCGUGCCCGCUUGUUGCGGCAUAUUCGCGAAUCAAGUACUGAAGUUGGCCUGGUGGCCUGUUACAAGAGAUUCGGCCGCGUACGCGAUUACCGUUUUGCUAUUAGUUUUGACGCUGAGAGACGGACGCAUCGAAUGGUACGAAGCACUCAUCCUCGUCCUCAUCUACGUUCUCUACAUCCUCACGAUGUGCUUCAACCGCAGCAUCAGUAACUUCAUGCACUGCGUAAGACCCCCGAAGAACAAGUACACGAAUCUGAGCGAGAAGAGCCCGCUGAUCUCGAACGAUAUCAUAAAAAACCCGGACAUCGUGGUGAUGGAUUCAGGGGAGAUCGACGAAUCGCUGGACAUCGUGAACAUGACGAGCUGGCAGGGCACGGUGUUCGAGAAACUGUGGUGGCUGUUAACGUGGCCGAUUAAUUUCUUGCUUCUGGUGACGAUCCCCGAUUGCCGGCGAGAUACACUGAAAUCGUGGUACCCGGUUACGUUUAUCAUGUGUAUCGUAUGGAUCGCGACGACUUCGUACAUAGUCGGCUGGGUGAUCACCGUUAUCGGGGAUACGUUCAGGAUCCCGGACUCCAUAAUGGGAUUGACCUUUCUUGCGGCAGGAAUGAGCGUGCCAGAGGCUGUGUCGAGCGUUAUUGUUGCGAAUCAAGGACACGGGGACAUGGGUAUAAGUAACUCGAUCGGCUCGAACGUGUUCGACGUGCUGCUCUGCCUCGGGCUGCCUUGGUUCCUGAAAGCUGCGUUCUUCCCGACCGUGGCGAACCAACACUUCGUCAAGAUCAAUUCCCAAGGUCUCGUGUACAGCUCGAUAUCCCUGUUCUCCACUCUGCUCAUCCUUUACCUGUCCCUCCUGUUCGGCAAAUUCCGACUGACGCGGACCGUCGGGAUCGCCUGUCUCAUCACUUAUGCCGUUUUCCUGGUGUUCGCCUCGAUCCUGGAGCUCAACACGUUCUUUGUCGUUAAUCUGCCAACGUGCAUCGAAUGACAUUAGGAGAACUGUACGAUCACAGAUGUACAUAUGUAUUUAUCCACAAAACUACGGGUGAUAUACCUCGGACAGACUGCGCUUCCAGUUUAGACGUUGCCGCGGUCAUCUCUUUUUUAGAAAUGCACGUCGCAUCGAAUCGUUGACACGCCGGCACAGACGUUGGGCUACUACAGGACAACCACCAUGUGCUCGCAAACAAUUAUGCAUCCCUCAGGCUCUCAAUUGAUUUUCUCUUAUACGUGCAUAUGUACACAUGUGUUUGUACAUCGCUCUGCUAAUCCGUUCAUUAUGUGUAUUUAUAUCUAUAUUAUAGGUGUUUAGGAUAUUUGUAAUAAAGAAUUUUCGUAUUCGUUCGUAACGCUGCGAACGCGUGCUAUGGAGCGUGGACUAUUUUUUGUUUUUUUUUAUGUACGCGUCGAACCGAUGCAUUUCGGGUGCACAGGAUGCAACGGCAGAGGUUCACCGGCUUAGGUCGAAGAGUGUGUUAUUUGUCUUUCAUCUCUUUUUCUCAAUUUCUCGCAGACUAGAUUUGUAUUGAUUAAACGUCUGAAAACAUGUUCGUUGUUGAAGAA